AUGUUGGACUGCGUGAACGGCUCCUCUUGCAAUGAAAGCGACUUUCUUACGCUCUUCAGCGAGCCCACACCGCUGGUGAAUCCCACCCCGUCUGUGUCCUGGAUAGAGGCCGAACUGGCAGAGAUGGAGGCGAAAGACCGACACGAUCCGCAGCACUACGAGUCUACUUCAGGUGAUUUUUCAGUGCAUGACAGGCAAAUGACCGCGUCAUCGCUGGACGAUGUGAGCUGCCUUUCUCAAGAUACGCGUACGUGGCAUUCCGAUCGUGUGUCCUGA